AUGUUUGAAAUAUUAGAGGCCGAUAUAGUAGUUUUCCAAGAGACCAAGAUUCAACGGAAAGACCUCCGAGAUGACAUGGUCCUAGUCCCAGGCUGGGAUUGCUAUUUCAGUCUCCCCCGGGUCAAGAAAGGCUAUUCCGGGGUUGUUAUCUACACCCGCAAUUCGACAUGUGCCCCAAUCCGUGCUGAGGAGGGUCUCACUGGAGUACUCUGCCCUCCAAAUUCAUCCACCCCCUUCCGGGAUCUACCGGAAGAUCAGCAAAUCGGUGGCUAUCCGGCAAUCGAGCAAUUGUCACAGCUCGAGCUUGAUGCAGCCACCCUUGACUCUGAGGGUAGAUGUGUCAUACUGGAGUUCCCGGCGUUUGUCCUGCUGGGGCUAUAUUGUCCUGCGAAUCGAGAUGAAAGUCGCGACUCGUUUCGCCAGAGUUUUCUCGACCUAAUGGAUACUCGUUUGCGAAAUCUAGUUGCUAUGGGAAAGCGGGUGGUGGUUACGGGUGACCUCAACAUAUCGGCCAGAGAGAUUGAUCAAGCGCCCGCGGCGGAAGCCAUUCGAAAAGGCACACUGACUGAAGAUGACUUUGUGUCAGCGCCGGCGCGACGUUUAUUCAAUCAGCUCUUGUUUGAAGGAAAGGUGCUGGGGCAGCGUGAUGAGGGACGAGAGCAACCCGUCCUCCAUGAUAUUUGUCGGAUGUUCCACCCUGACCGCAAGGGAAUGUAUACAUGCUGGGAACAACGAAUCAAUGCGCGCCCCGGUAAUUACGGCUCGAGGAUAGAUUACGUACUUUGCAGCUUGGACAUGCGAGAUUGGAUAGAGGAUUCAAACAUCCAAGAGGGCCUUAUGGGAUCCGAUCACUGCCCGGUAUAUGCAAUUUUCAAAGACGUCGUGCCACUCGACGGCAAACCCGUCAACAUUCGAGACAUUAUGAAUCCUCCCGGUGUGUUCGCUAAUGGCGAACGCAAACAAGAAUAUACGACAAAGCUAAUUCUACCCACUUCCGGCCGCUUGAUACCCGAAUUCGAUAAGCGGAGAAGCAUCAAAGAUAUGUUUUCUCGCAAGCCCUCCGCCACAGCCACGAAAGGGAACACCAUUGCAACCGAACCAUCUCCAUCUGGACCACAACAGGCCAAUGCUGCCAAUGUGUGUCCUCCGGAGGAGAAGCCUGCUCUAACCCCAACUCCCAGCGGCCCCCAACCUGCCCAGGGAGGUGCGCGCAAAAGGUCCCAAAGAAGCGAACCUAUUCCUCCCGUCAAACGUUCGAAAUCAACUCCCACCCCAAUACAAGGGGCCCUUGGUGGGCAAAAGUCUCUCAAGGGGUUCUUUAAGCCCAAAGUAUCUGUCACAGAACAGGACAAAGUGGGACCUAGUCGAGGAUCAGAUUCGCCCGGGUUGAUUCCGGAUCCAUUGCCAGAGACUUCUUCAAAUGAACCCGAUAACUCCGCGGAUGCACAAAGCGCGAACAAGAUCGAAGGUAACCCCGACAGUCCGCGUAAGGGUCAACCUGCAGCUCCAUCCUCGCAGGAAAAUGAAACGUUCAUUGAUCCUAUCGUGAGCAAGGAGGAUUGGUCAAAGUUAUUUAGCAAGAAGAAGGCUGCACCCAAAUGCGAAGGCCACCAGGAACCAUGCAUCAGCUUGACGACCAAAAAACCGGGGGUCAAUUGCGGCCGAUCCUUUUGGAUCUGUCCAAGGCCUCUGGGACCCAGCGGGAAUAAAGAGAAAGGAACUCAAUGGCGUUGUUCCACGUUUAUAUGGGCCAGUGAUUGGAACACUCGGACUGAAUAA